AUGAAAGCACAUUAUCUCAGUGAUGAACAUCAACAUAAAUUAAUUAUCAUUAUUUUGGAAUAUAAGAAUCCAAAACAUCGGCAAUUGGAAAUUCAAAAUUGUUCUAAACUCAUGAGCAAAGAACUCAAUGAUAUUCAUGAAAGUAUUUCCAUUAUUUUCUCAGUCUACGAAAUUUUAUUAAACGAUUUAGCACAUUUAAAAGCCGAAGAAAAUGAAAUAAAAAUACAUUUUGAGCAAAACUUUUCAAAAAAAAUAGAUGAAUUGAAAAAAUAUGAUAAUGAAAAUGACAAAUCUCUUAAGGAAUUAUCUGAAUCUCAAAACAGUAUGCAAACACAGCUAGAAGAUAUUAAACAGGUUCAAGAAGAAAGUCGAAUUCAGGUAUUAGACAAUAAUUCUACUACAACCCUUCGUUUUAAUUGCCCUAUCACAUCCUCAUUUUCAAUUCAAUCGUCAAAAUUCAAGACUUCACAAUAUGGCUAUAUAUUCAUGCUUCGUGCAUGUUCAACGAUUGAAUCACAACAAAAAUACUUAUCGAUUUUUCUUACUCUAUAUAAUGGAGAAUAUAGUAAUCUUAUUCCUUAUCCAUUUUCAUGUACUAUGUAUUUUGCUUUAUGGGAUCAAUCCAAUCAACAAAAUCAUAUUAUAUAUGUCUUAAAACCAGAUCCAAAUGCAACUGCAUUUAUUCGACCUAUUAAUGACAAGAAUGAUGAAUAUGGUAUAAACAAAUUUUGCUCACUUGAAUAUCUUACAGAUUCAAAAAGUCUUUAUGUAAAAGAUGGAGCAUUUUUUAUUCGAGUGUUCAUUGAUUUUUUGAACACUGGACAAAAUCCAUUUCAAACAAAAGACAAUGUCAACGACACUGUUGAAGUAAUGUCUACAACCACGAUCAUGGCAGAAUAA